UCGUAGUACAGUUUGUUCUUACAGCUGAGCGCUUCUCCCUUUGGUGCAGCAGCUCCAGUUGUUUACUUCUCGUUUCACCUCAGACAGCUCUAACAGCAUAUGUUGUUUAUCUCAUAUGCUGUGGAAUUUUAGAAAGGCAUGCCUUGGAUGCCGGCCGGCUAAUACACACUGACAAACGAUACAAAGAGCUCCCGGCAACUGUGACCGCCACAGGCAGGUCACAGUUGAACUGCCCGCUGCGGCUGCUGUGGUGCUAGCCUGUCAGCUAGCCAGCGUCUGUUAGCUCAACUGCCGCUCAGAAUGUGAAAAGUUGGACAAAAAUUCACAAGGGGCAAAUAACAGUGUCUAAAACGAGUACUGAAAGGGGUUUAGCUCCAGUGUCUGGAAUUAUUUUUGUUUGUGUAAGUCCCAUGCCGACUUUACAAGCUGUUUCUGCUGACUGUUUGGAGAGGGCAGAGACCGAGGGCGUGAAAAAUGUUGCUGCUUAGUGCAACACGCCUACUAGGAAGAGGGAAAACCUUGCUCCGAGAUCCCAUUAAGAGGAUUUGCGCAAACAUGUCGUUCAUCUCUCGUUCCGGGAAGAGACUGCGGGUCCUGGUGGACAUGGACGGAGUCCUGGCGGACUUCGAGGGGGGUUUCCUGAAGAAGUAUCGGGCCAGGUACCCGACGGAGCCCUACAUCACCCUGGAGGACAGGAGAGGGUUUUGGGUGUCAACGCAGUACGGGCAGCUGAGGAGUGACCUUUGUGAAAAAGCUAUCAGCAUCUGGGAGUCCAAAGGUUUCUUCAUAGACUUGGACCCGCUACCAGGAGGAGUGGAGGCGGUCAAGGAGAUGGCCGAGAUGAAUGACACAGAUGUCUUUAUUUGCACCAGCCCUAUAAAACAUUACAAACACUGCCCACAUGAGAAGUAUGCCUGGGUGGAGAAGCAUCUGGGCCGUGACUUCCUGGAACAAGUCAUUCUAACCCGAGACAAGACGUUAAUCACCGGCGACCUCCUGAUAGACGACAAACCCGACAUUCUAGGUGUGGAGCCAAAUCCACCGUGGGAGCACAUCCUGUUCACUGCCUGCCACAACAAGCACCUGCCCCUCAGCCUCCCCCAGAGAAGACUCCUGUCAUGGUCAGAUGAUUGGAGGGCCAUCCUGGACAGCAAAAGGCAGUGAGGAGCUCCUGCACGGCUCAGCCCCACAGCAGCCUGGCAUCAGGGUUAGUGGAAGUUCUGGGGUUCGCUGCUGUUGCCUUGGCAUCCUUGUUCUCCACUAAGUAGGGUGUGGAGGCUUAAGCGGGAUGAGCAGUUUACGUUUCAGGUUGAAUGGAAGUGCUGUACAAGAAGACUGUUGAUCCAGUCUGUUGGAAGAGGAUGUUCACUUGCUCGACCACAAGGGGGCACUCUGACACUUUGUAUGAAUUUGUGUUGGCGACCAGAUUUUGAACAAUCUCACUGAAUGAGAACAACAAAAGGAGUUCAUAAAACGAUACAUGGUAAGUGGAAAGGACAGAUUGUGUUGAGUGACCUCGGCAGUUAUGGACUCAGUUUGCAUUCUGGAUGUUUCUCAGAUUCAGACAAAAUGGAUUUCUGAGCCACUGCGUGGUCUAUCUGUGGCCUUCAUCGCAAAAGGCUUAUCAAUAUUUAACUGCACCGUGUUGCACUCGUGAGUCAGUGUGAUGUGAUUCACAACAGGGCACUCCGCUGCACCCAAAAAAGCUCAAAAAUACACCCUGAGUCGUGGGCACUGGCGAACACAGAAACACAGGACAGUGACUUGGAGUCAAAAUUACUGUUCUAUUAGGUUGUCAUUAUUUUGCAUGUAUUGUGUAGGUAUGUGCCAUGUCACUGUUAUGUAAAUGCAAAAGUACUGUGAAAUCCACUCUGGUUUUUAAAAAGCUUAAAAGCCUACAUGGGUGCUCUUUUUUUACAAUAUGUAAUUGUUCAAUAUUUCACUGAUACACAAAUGAGAAAAGUAGCUGCACACGUGCAUCUUGCCCAACAUUGCUAGUGUAGAUUGUUGUAGGCACUGAAGACUGAGUAACAUUGGUUCAGUGUUGGUUAAUAAUGAACCAUUAUUCAAUAUUAAUAUAUCACUGACAAGUCCAUAUGUUAUUCAAAAUUGUGGUAGGGUAGCUUUGCAUGAUUCAGUUCAUAAUAAUCAUUAUUUCGUUUACAUUGGACCCUUCUGCCACCUCGCAAGUUCAACGUUGGUCAUAGACAAGCCAUACCCCCCCCUUCCCUCCCAAAGCUAACUUUGUUCUGAUUGGCUAUCCCUCACAAACAGGAGUUUGCAUCAGGUGUAUGGAGAAUUCUGUAGGGGCUAUUUGUGCACACAUUGGCCUCAUUAUUUGAAACUUUGCCCAUGUUUAAUAUAAAUAUCCACAAUUGCAACAGCAUGGAUAUGACAGAAUGCAGAAUAAGGAAAAGUGGAAAUCUAUAGGAGCGGCAACAGUAAUCACUAUGUUUUAUAAGUGGUAUGUCACCAUUCUGUUCAUAUUUUUAGAGCCGGGGUGUCCAACUCCAGUCCUUCAGAGCUACUGUCCUGCAGCUUUUACAUGCAACCCUACUCAAAGACAGCUGAAU